UGAUUAACGAAAUUGACUUUUUUUCAUUGAACCUUAUUUUGGAAUCUCAUUCCAUCUGCUGUUAUAUGAAACGGACAGUAAUUUCUUUAUCGAAAUCAUGUCACUGAAUGAUGUUAUAUUAGAUCAUGAAUCAAAUCAAUGCCUAUUUGUAUGCACUAAGUGUGGAGCAGAAUAUGUUACACGCGAUAUGUUAGCUAUGCAUAUGAUGGAUAGUGCACGUGCUGGAAUGUGUAUAGAAACUGAUGCAACAAAUAAUGCAUCAAAUAUGAACAAUAGUACUAAUCACAAGAUAACUCUCUGUGAAGAUCUACUUGAUUCAGAUAAGCUUAUUACACAGAAACAUGAUGGAAUAUCAAACAAUUUUGACCCUUCAUCAUAUCGUUCUUCUUUAUCAAGUUGGAUAGGUGAAAGAACUGAACCAAUAUUUAAUAUAUUAUUUAAUCAACUCACUUUACCAAAUUUAUAUUCUGUACAAAAUUCUACAACAAAUAAUAACAAUAAUAACAGUAACGAUACAACCAGUCUUCAUACAAAUCCGAAAAACCGUAGAUUCUUAUCAGGAUACGAAGGUAAUAUACCUUCUCUUAGAGGAUGUCAAAUAAAUCCAGAUGAUUCUUCAUCAUAUAUAGAUAUGCAAAAAAGUGAAUGUCUACAUAAUCUACUAUUGAAUUCAAAAUAUCCAACAAAUAAUAUUCCGCCAAAUAUAAAGAUGAAUUUAAUUCGGUCUUUAAAAGUUAAUGAAACGAAUGUAUUUCCAAAAUCAACAAUAAAAGACAGUGUUAGAAUUAUAAAUGAAAAAUCUAACUCAAACGAUAAUAAAAUGAAAAUGAAAAAUGUUCCUAAUGAAGUUGUAACAAGUCAAACAUCAACAUCAUCAGUAUAUUCUUUUAUAAAGUCUCUUAAUGGAUGUAAUCGUGAUAUUUCAAAAUCAUUGAAUUUCUCAUCAGGCACAUCAUUAACUAAUGAAGAUCAAAAAUUUAUAAAUAAUGUUCAAUGUAAAUCUCAUAGAGAAAAUCAAGAUGUUAAUAGUCAAGAAAGUUUGAAAAUUGCUAUUCUAGAUUCAAAUGUAAAAUGUAAUGAAAAUCAUAAAGUUUCUAAAGGUAGUGAGUUGUUUGAAGAUGUUAAGAGAUAUGAGUUUAUUGAUCAACCCCUCACAAUUAAAAGAAGUCGAUCAUUGCCCUCACCACGAGGAUUAGGAAAUCAACAAAAAAAUUGUGAAAUGAAUUAUUCUGUUUUGGAAGGAAAUAAUCGAUUUUUGAAUACAAGUAAUAUGAACGACGUUGAUGGUGUUUUUCAUAAGACACGACGUGACCGCAGGUGCUAUAAGAAGUCGGGGUUUAGAAAUUUGCGUAAAUUUGUAAAUUACAAUCGAUCCAAGCUCAAUAUUCUGAAAAAUUCACAGUUUGUAUCUGAAAUACACCAUGAUAAAGUAGGCAUGAAUUCAAACUGUUACAAUGACAGAGAAACUGAUACGAAUAGUCACAAUAAUAAUUUAAAUGAAAUGAACAAUCAUAAUGCCAAUAAAGUUGAACACUUUCAGCCAAUUUUCCCAUACAUUUGUGAAUAUUGUCAAAUUGGAUUUGUUCAACAAGCCUUAUAUUGUUUACACAUGGGAAUGCAUUGUGUAAAUAAUCCAUUGAAAUGUAAUAUGUGUGCACAAACAUGUUUAGAUGUUUAUGACUUUAUUGGACAUACAAUGCAUUUUUGAGUAACUGAUAAAUUAU